CGCCCGCCAUGGGCCGGCUGCGGCGCUGCCUGGCCCGAGGGGAGCUGGGGCCGCUGAGGGAGCUGCGGCUGCUGGAGGGGGAGUUCCUGCAGGUGACCCGCACCGGGGACCCCGCCGGGCCCCUCACCGUGGCCAUCGCCGCCUCCUGCCCUCAGCUCCCUGCCCCCGACCUCCUGCUCCUGGCCCGGCCGCUGCCUCCCUCCCCGCAGGACCCCGAGGAGCUGCAGCUCUUGGGGCUCUUCCCGCUCGCCGCCGUCCGCCUCUCGCUCUGGAGCCGCCGUCGGCACCGGCUCCGGGUGCUCCUGGCCUCGGGGCGCUGCUUCCUCGUGCAGCUCCUGGCCCCGCCCCCUCGGAGUCCCCGCCUCCUCUUCAGCCGCUGGCUCCGCCUCCUCUUCCUCCUCCACGCCCCUAAUAAAGGGGGCGGGGCAGAUGGGGACACCCCCAUCGCGCGCUGA